CUGCAGGCUUCACCUAUGAAUUAGGCGCAGGCGGCCUCAACUCUGGAAGGUGAGGAGCAUGGCGGAGGAGCACCCUUGGGCGGAUCAGGAGGCGUGUGUCUGUAGGCCUUGCCGUAACACGUUUAAAUGCGUUUAAAAUCGAUCGGAAGGUAAACAGAAAACUUUCAUACAACCUAUUUUCGCCAAUUUCCCACUGUUGCGGGUGAAAUUUCCCAAUUCGCUGAAACAGCACGCAAGUUUUCUAUAUUUACUAUAAAUAAAUCCAGCUGGUAAUGACCUUGAUUGCCGACGCUUUCGGCUCUUUGAAGGACAACUGUGUGUGUUACAAUAAAUCGAUGUGCCACGGCGUAACCAUGGUAAUCAGGCGGAGGUUCGUGCGGCAAAACAUUGUAAAAGUUUGCCAUAUUUUGAAUACUAGUUAACAAUAUAGUCGUAAUAUGGGAAUGCUGCACAAUUUGUCGGACUUGAUCAAAGUGAAAAGGGAUAAAAUGACCAUAUUAGUUUUGGGCUUAAAUAACAGUGGCAAAUCGACCAUAAUCAACCAUUUCAAGAAAUCAAGUGAACAGUCGGCCGUAAUGGUGCCCACUGUUGGAUUUCUGAUCGAGCAAUUUUAUAACAUGGGCGUGAACAUUAAGGCAAUAGAUAUGUCAGGUGCCACGCGAUACAGAAAUUUGUGGGAACAUCAGUUCAAAAAUUGCCAAGGGAUUAUAUACGUAAUUGAUGCAAGCGACAGGAUGAGAUUCGUUGUUGUCAAAGAUGAGUUGGACCUUGUGCUGCAACAUCCCGACUUUUGUAAUCGUAUAGUUCCCAUUCUGUUUUAUGGCAACAAAUCCGACCUCGAGGAUUCGCUCUCCAAUGUGAAAAUCGCGGCGGCAUUGGGUCUCGAAAACAUCAAAGAGAAGCCAUGGCACAUUUGCUCCAGCAACGCAGUUUCCGGCGAAGGCUUGGACGAGGGCGUACAGUGGCUCGUUCAGCAAAUACGCUUUGCGAUACUGAGCAACAAAAAGAAAGGCAAGAAAUUGAAGUUAACAUCUAAGGACAAUAAAUAAUUGACGUAACGAGAUACAAA